CCAUGCUGUCACGCUGUUUUUUCUGGAGCACGGCUGCGAUUUGGGUCCAUCCCAGUCGGGCUCGUGGCCGCCCCAGCACAGAAACGAAGCGAGGAUCGCUGGGAUCACCCUGAGCUGGGGCGGCUGCGGUGUGCUGGGUGGGAAUGCUGGCCUUCCAUUGCGCUUCCAGCUGUGGCUGCUAUGAGGGCUGAGCUUUGGGAAGACGGCCCUCCUGGUGGGUUUCCAAGAAGUUCCGGAGGGUUCCCAGGUUUUCCAGCCUGUUACGGUGACAGAAGGGCGCUCACCUCUCCUGGCUGUCGUGCACAAAAAUGGUGCUGCACACAGUCUGGCUUUGCCGAUCCAGCCCCGAGGGACAGAGGACAAGAGGGAAGGUGGGAGGAGGCACCUCCGUGCAGGAACAGAGGUGGUUCUGGUGCCAAAACCACGAGGCUCACGUUUUGGUAGAUGAGAUGAGAGAAGAGGGAGGUAUGAAAAGUGGCAACCAAACUGCAGCCAAGGCCUGCACAGGCAAGCUGCUGCUUGUACUGCGUCAGCUUUGGGAGCAGAGGUGGCUUUUCACAGGGCUCAGGACAGUGUGUAUCACCACCAGGUGAGCGUUGUCGGCUGUCAGACCUCCCAGCCAGGGCAUUCCCUGCCCGGGCAGGACGCUGGGAUCCCCUUCUGUCACACAGCCACCAGGAAAGCCGGAUCAAGGGUGUGGAGUAAAGCCAAGAGGCUGGCAUGUUGCAGAGAGUUUUGUGGAGCAAAGAGCAGAUGCAAGCCCUCACGGGAAAAUGUGAGAUAACUGAGUUGUAAAAGGCACCUGGAGGCACUGCGGUGUCAGCACAGAGGCAGACGAAGCAGUAUGGCUGGAGUUCGCUUCCACUCUGCUCUGGUGACUGGGGCCAACCGGGGAAUCGGCCUCGGGCUGGUCCGGCACCUGCUGGCAUUGCCAAACCCACCUGAGUGGGUCUUUGCAGGCUGCCGGGACCCCAAGGGACAGCGAGCGCAGGAGCUGCAGAAAUUGGUCUCCAAGCACCCCAACGUGGUCACUGUCCCGCUCGAAGUCACCGAUCCCGCCAGCAUCAAGGCGGCCGCAGCCAGCGUCGGGGAGCGCCUCAAGGGCUCGGGGCUGAACCUCCUCAUCAACAACGCUGGGAUCAUAAGGCCAAACAAGCUUGACAAUGAAACACUGAAGGACAUGGCUGAGGUGUACACCACCAACACCAUUGCACCUCUGCUGGUCAGCCAGGCGUUCCUGCCCCUGCUGAAGAAGGCAGCCCAGGGCAGCACGGGCUCGGGGAUGAGCUGUAGCAAGGCAGCCAUUGUCAACAUGUCCAGCAUUGGGGGAUCCAUUUCUUCUUUCAGUGGUUGGGAUAUAAUGGAAGUUGCCUCAUACCGCUGCAGCAAGGCUGCUCUCAACAUGCUCACCAGGUGCCAGUCCAUGGGGUACCGCGAACACGGCAUCUUCUGCGUCGCUUUCCAUCCUGGCUGGGUGCAGACAGACAUGGGGAGCGCAGGAGGACACACGCCCCCGCUGACGGUGGACGCGAGCGCAGCAGGGAUGCUGAAGGUGCUCUCCAAGCUCUCGGAGAAGGACAGCGGGUCCUUCCUGGACUGGGAAGGGAACGUUGUGGCCUGGUGAGGUGCUGGCCCGGCCUCGUGCCUGGAUCCUGGCAGUGGCCUCUCUGCUGCUGCCUGAUCUCUGCUAAGUCUUCAAUAAACCCAUAUCUGACAACA